CUUCCUGUGUUUGAAGAAAAACAUUCCGACGAUAUCACAGUGCUCGAGAGCGCCUGUUCCCCUUCUCUCAAGUUAAGAUUCAAAAUUCAAACUUUGUUGAAUAAAUGCUCUGAGGAAAUUGUAUUUUUGACUUUCUAAUUUUAAUAGUUUGUACCGCAAAUAAAUGAUAAUAAAUUAUCCGGAACUGACAAAAGCACUCCACAGAGAAAAUCACAAGAAGCUAACUCACAUUUGCUAAGCUACCAGAAAGGAAGCGGUCUUAAGCACGACUUUUUCUGGUUACUGAUGUUAUUAUGAGCUCGAUAUCACCAUUGUGCGAAAAUUUUGCGCUUUUCGCUUAUUGUAAAAAUGUGAAUAUCUAUGCUUUAGUUACAAGCGCUUAAUAUAGAUUUAAGAAUUAGACGGAACAGCCAGACGGUGAAACAACUGCCUCUUGAUGUUUUGUUUAGACACAGUGAACACACAGGCGGCACAAUGGAGGAGGAAAGUGGACCCAGCUUAUCAGACAGUACAACGUUGGCCUCACAUCGCUGUUCAAAGAGGCAAUCAGUUUCGGCUGAGAAAGGGCAGGUCGAUGGUUACAAGUGUUCUCAGUGCAGUGACGUAUUUUCUAAGCCGGCUGCUCUGAGACACCAUUUUAAAACUAACCACAGUUAUUUGGAGCCCAAAGGCCCGUUCUCCUGCUCUGAGCACAGCUGUCAGUUCAGCAGCACAGAGCGCCAGCUGUAUCAAGCCCACUUGGCGUCCGUGCACGGCCUGCGUCUUGUGACCUGCACCUACCAGCCCUGUAAGCUGUCCUUUCAUACACGAGGAGAGAUGGAAAGCCAUCGGAGGAGCCACAUGCCAUUUGGAUGUUUCCACUGCCCCUUUGUCACUCAAAAUGCAAAAGACCUAAAUGCUCACCUUUUGUUGCACAACCAUCAGCCAAAUGAUUGUCAAGGGAAGGCGUCUACACUGGGCACUAAGGGAGGGCACCUGACUCAGAUUUCCUCAGGAGAAACUAGAAAACCAAAAUCCACACCAAUUUUGCCACAAGAUAGAUUGGAAGAAGAGCUUGGGAAGCAUGGGGAUGACCCAACACAUCAGAGAAAGGAAGCAGAACAAGAAAGCUCUUCAGCUGUGGACGCUGGACCCGUCCCAUCCAAAGAGUACCUUGCCGAAGGAUCGGAGGCCACGUUCCGCACCCACACCUGCCCAAAGUGCCGACGCUGCUUCAAGAUGCGCUCCCACCUGCAGGAGCACCUGCGCCUCCACUUCCCCGACCCCGGCCUCCAGUGCCCCACCUGCCAGCGCUUCUUCACCAGCAAGAGCAAGUUGCGCAUACACCGGCUCCGAGAGGCCGGCGACAAGACCCACCGCUGCCCCUUGUGUGAGUACUCGGCCGUAGAGAGGAACGCCGUCCGCCGCCACCUCCUCAGCGUGCACCCCGACCAGGCCGGGGAUGGCGUCCACGCUCAGACCUACCUCUGUCCCGCCUGCGGUCAGAGCUUCCACCAGAGCAGGGCGCUCAAGGCCCACAUGAAGACGCACAACGUCAUUUUAGACAGCAAACCUUUGGCCUGCUUCCUGGAGACGUGUUCCUUUCAGAGCGGCCAGCGGAAGGAGCUGCUCAGACACGCGUCCGAGGCGCACGGCCUCCAAGCGGCCGCAUGCCGCCAUCACGCCUGCGGCGCCGUUUUCCGGAGCCGGCCGGACAUGGAGGCCCACUACCGGACCCACCUGACCUACCACUGCUCGGAGUGCGCUUUCUCCUGCUCCAACAAGGCGCUGUUCCUGCAGCACCGGCGCCACGGGCACCCCGGGGAGCGCAAGCUGCGCUGCGGCUUCUGCCCGUUCGCCACCUUCAACCCGGUGGAGUUCGAGCAGCACACGGGACACCUGCACGCCAACGAGAAAACCCACCGCUGCCCCCAGUGCAGCUACGUGACCGCGCAUAAACGCGGCCUGAAGCGACACCUGCUGCUGCACAGCGGUGAGAAACCCCACAAGUGCACCCUGUGUGACUUCAGGUGCCGAGACGAGUCCUACCUCUCUCGUCACAUGCUCACUCACUCGGACGAUAAGAACUUUAUGUGCACCGAAUGCGGAUAUGUGACUAAAUGGAAGCACUACCUCAAUGUUCAUAUGAGGAAGCACGCUGGAGACCUCAGGUACUCAUGUGAUCAGUGUCCGUACCGCUGUCACCGCAUGGACCAGCUCAGCAGCCACAAGUUACGCCACCAGGCCAAGUCGCUCAUGUGCGAGAUCUGCGCCUACUCCUGCAAGCGCAAGUACGAGCUCCGCAAUCACAUGCUGGCCAAGCACUCGGAGGAGGGGAGGCAGCCCACGCCGUUCAAGUGCAAGUACUGCCCCUACAGCACCGGCUUCCGGCAGGCCCUCCGGAACCACGAGAACUGCAAGCACACCCGGCUGAAGGAGUUCCCGUGCGCGCUCUGCCCCUACUCCUCCUUCAGCAGCGUCAGCCUCUUCCUCCACAAGAAGAAGGCCCACGGGUACGUGCCAGGGGACAAGGCCUGGCUGGAGAACUACGCGGCCAAGGAGAAGGAAAGAAGCUCCAACCAGCUUGGGCAGGACUUCUACAGCGGGCCGGCGGGGAGCGGUCAGCGGUCCGAACUGGCCGGCGGCAUCCCAGAGGAGCCAAAGGCUUCUGUGGACAGUCCGGAGCAGUUCUGCACGCUGGUGCUGACCGCUCUGACCAGCACGGACGAGCGGAGCCCGCCGGCGCCGGACGAGGGUCAAGGCGGCGGGAUGGCGUCCACGUUAAGGGCCGACGGGCCCGACUGGACGCGGGAAAAGGAAGGCGACUCCGCUCAAGAAAGCUCAUCGGACGAAGACAACGCAGUGGCGCGAGACAGGGAGGGCGGUCAGAGCCAUUUGGACGAAUCGCGUGAGCCUUUGAGCGCCCGGGAUCAAAGGUCGGAGGAGGAAAACGGCGGCGAGACAAACGACCGCGAGUCCCCGCCCGGACAAGACCGGACGUUACAGUCCGAAACACGUUUGAUAGCUAUGAAAAAGCACGACAGGGACCAGGCGGAGGCCAUGGUGUUGGAGGGCCGCGUGCAGGUGCUGGUGCUGCCCACCGGAGGCGGUUUUCACCGCGAGCAAAAACGCUCCCGACACACAGAGGCGGCUUUAAGGCCCCGAACGCGCGGCCCUGAACGCCGCCUCAGAGAAAAGCGUGGGCGUGGCACACAGGGAUCGGCACGCGUCUCUCCCGGAGACGGAGAAGCGUCCGACGGAAAGCCCGCCGAGAUUCAGAGGCCAGAACCUGGGCCCUGCACAUCUGGCACCUCUGCAUCAGAGCGUCAGAAGAGCAAAACUCAAGGCGGGAAGCAGCCGUCAGCCGGCAGACACAGAAAAGCCCCGCUCCAGAUCAAGGGUCUGUACAUCAAAAAAGGUGGAAAAUUCAAAUGCAAGCUGUGCGGCUUCUCCUCGGUGGAGCUGCCGGUAAUCAAACGCCACCUGCCAGCCUGCAGCUGUUUAAGCAGCAGCAAAAAACGGCAAGCGGUUUCUAAAACAGAUGUUGACAGCAGUAAGGGUUCGCCGAACAGCAGAGGGGGCCUUGCGGAGAAGAAAUAUUCAAACAAACCGGAACUUUUCGCUUGUCCGAACUGUCCGUUUAAGCGCGGCCAGACAAGAACAUUAGAAAGCCCCUUAAAGAGGGGCUGCAUGAAGCCUGGGGGGGCCCCGUGCGGCCGCUGCUCAUCGGUGGCCGAGAAGAAGAAGUUAAAUCAUCCGAAAGCCAGAGGCUUGCGUUGCAAACUUGCGCACCGGCUCCCGGCCAGCGGAGGCAAGGCGCCAAAGGCCCCCAAGCAGAACGGGCACCCCCAAGUCCAGUGCCAGGAAUCCGACUGUCCGACUAAAGAAGCCUCUGAGGUGGAGCCCCAGAGAGCCCACCGGAGUCAACUGGGCCCUUCUGCAGCCCAGACCAAGCAGGGGCUGGACCAACACCUCCUGGACCAAGAGGAGGGUGGCUCCCCAGAGGGUGACUCCCUGGAAGAAGGCCCCCUGGAGGAAGGCUCCCCAGGGAAAGGCUUCCCGGAGGGCGGCCACCAGCCGGUGCGGGAGCCGCACCUCCGCUCCCUCGGAAGCCGGCGCUUGUACAAAUGCGCAGACUGCCAGUAUUCCACGCGGAACAAGCAGAAGAUGACGUGGCACGUGCGCAUCCACACCGGAGAGAAGCCCUACCGCUGCGAGCAGUGCGCCUACGCCUGCACGGAUCCCUCCAGACUCAAGCUUCAUAUGAGAGUUCACCAAGAAGAAAAGAAGUACCUCUGUCCAGAGUGUGGCUACAAAUGCAAGUGGGCCACUCAGCUGAAGUACCACAUGACCAAGCACACAGGAGAGAAGCCCUAUGCCUGCGAGGAGUGCGACUAUCGGACCAACCGGGCCGACGCCCUGCGCGUGCACCGGGCCACGCAGCACUGCGAGACGCGCCCCUACGUGUGCGAGGAGUGCGGCAAGGCCUUCAAAACCAGCUUCAUCCUCAAGACGCACCAGCGGCAGCACCGCGCCGGCCGGCCGUACGCCUGCGGCCUCUGCCAGAAGGCCUUCCGCUGGCCGGCCGGCCUCCGCCACCACUUCCUGUCCCACACCAUGCAGCAGCCCUUCGGCUGCCGCCACUGCCCCUACAGGGCCAAGCAGAAGUUCCAGGUGGUCAAGCACCUGCAGAAGCACCACCCCCAGGUGCCCGUGGAGCAGGGCGUGCUGAGGGACUCGGCAACCGGCAGCCUCACUCUAAAGGAGGCCCUCCAGGGGACGUUAGACGAGAAAGCACCACCAGGAACGACCAGCGGGCGACUUCUAGGUGCGGAAACAGGACAAAACAAAGCAGGAACACGGUAG